AGUACUUUAAAGUCUCCAAUGUAUUUUGUUUAAUUUUGUACCUUUAUCCGGCACCUUGACUUUGACGUCUUUCUCUCGAGCCGAGUGAUUGUGUGCAUCGUCUGCUUCAGUCACGAUCGCUGUGUCCUUGUUCAAGGCAUUUGGUAAACGUUGUUAAGAUGUCUCCUCGACCUCCACCCAAUUCUUGUGACACGUUUGUGGUGCUUGGGGACUGUACUAAAGGUGGCCAUGUUGUUUUUGGCAAGAAUUCAGAUAGGCCAAGUGAAGAAGUUCAGGAAAUUAUAUAUCGGCCACAAAUGAAACAUGAAGAAGGAUCUAAACUUAAGUGUACCUAUAUAGAGAUUGACCAGGUAGGACAUACACAUGCAGUUAUCUUAAGUAAGCCAUCAUGGAUGUGGGGCGCUGAGAUGGGUGCUAAUGAACACAAUGUUUGCAUUGGUAACGAAGCAGUUUGGACCAAGUUGGAGAGCAAUGAAGAUAGCACUGAAAGACUAUUAGGAAUGGAUCUUGUGAGAUUGGGUUUGGAGAGAAGUAGCACGGCAGAAAUGGCUGUGGAUGUCAUUACAUCACUGUUGCAAGAGCACGGUCAGGGUGGCCCUUGCUCUGACACUGAAACUAGCCUUAUAUACCACAAUAGUUUUCUAAUCUGUGACCCUCAGGAAGCAUGGAUCUUGGAGACUGCUGGGAAACACUGGGCUGCGGAACAAAUAAAAUCUGGUUAUAGAAAUAUUAGCAAUGCAUUAAGUAUUGGUACAAAAAUAGACAAGAUGAGUGAUGGCUUGAAAGAACUUGCUCAAGAGAAAGGAUGGUGGGAUGGCACUGGUGAUUUCCACUUUGCCAGAGCUUAUGGUGCUUCUGAGGCUAAUGGUCGAAAGGAAGGGGGUGAGAAAUUACUGUCAAAGUUUUCUGAAGGAGGCAACUUUACCUUGACACAAAUGUUUGACAUCCUACGAGAUAAGGAAUCGGGGAUUUGCCGUGGGACUGAUCAUAGUCAUCCAACUGCUGGUAGUAUGGUUUCAGUCCUAAGUUCAGGAUCACAGAGACCUAGUUGCCAUUGGUUCACAGGGACCCCAGACCCUCAGCGUUCUGUAUUCAAGCCAUUCAUCUUCACAAGCAAUGUCAAGAUUUCACCACACAUACAAAGUCCUAAAAUUCCUGAUGAUGAAGAUCCAGCCAAGAUUGUCCCACGAUUUGCCAAGAAAGUAAAUCGCACUCAUCUCUUGUAUCGUCGUCAGCAAGCUGCAACAGAAAAUGGAGGGAGUAUUGUUGAGACGCUGCGAGAAUUGGAGAGGAAAUGUGUCCAAGAAACAGAAGCUUGCCUUGAAAACUUUGAUCCAGAGAGGUUGUCUGAAAUGGAUGACUUAUUUAAAGAUUGUGUCGACUCUGAGCUCAAGUUUUAUAAGUAAUUUUGUAAUAUUUGCGAAUUCCAUGACCAAUAGUAAAGCAGCUGUAUUGAUAAUGCUAACAAUUGGGAAAAAUAGAAUUUGGUGUGGCCUUUAUUGCCUCAUUAACCAACUAGUCUGCUAUCAAUACAGUUUGUCCAAUCAUUCUUUGCAGAUUUUGAGGCCUCAAUUGUCAAAAAAUAAGAUAUAUUAAUAUAUAUAGUCAAGUUGUGAUGGUGCAUUAAGCAUUUAUUUAAUUUGGAAAUGGUGAAUCUUACCAAACUUUCCUUGAACAUUUUUAAUGCAUGAAGAUAUAAAUAUAUUGUAUACCAUUACAUUUAAUGGCAUAGCCUCCCAAUGAGUUCUUCCAUCAAUCUUUCUUAAACUAGCAAAUGAUUGCAUGUGUUGCACUUCCUACAAGUUUUGUAUGGUCAUUUUUUUCAUUUAUAUAAUACUGGUACUAGGACCUGUUGCUAUAUUUGUUAGCAUCAUACAGAGAGAGAGAGAGAGAGGGAGAGAAAAGAGACUAGGUACUGGAUACUUUCUGGCUUAAAAUGAAUCACAUGGACUACAUAAAUUAAGUGACAUAGUUAUUUCAAAUAACACAACAAAUUAUGCUAAAACCCUUUGCGUAUUUGUAAUGAGUUUGUGAUAUAAAAAUUUAUAAAAAUGAGUAAACAGUAUUAUGUUAAUUAGAAAGAAUGAUUUACUACUCUCCAAAUUUACUAAAAAAUAAGAAAAAAAAAGAAAAGUAAUAUUUGUUCAGUGAUGUUAUGAUUACAGAUCAAAACUAAAGCAAUUUGUAUUUAUAUGGUUACUGGUGGAUAGAACAAAUGGGUGUUGGAAAAUAUAUAUUGCAUGAUAUGGAGAUGUACUUAUCAGUCAUUUCAUAUUUUAUGAACUUCCUCUUGGCCACAUAUUCUACCUUUUACUGAAGCUUCAGAUGAAUGAAAAUGUCUGGCUUUCAAGUAAUACACUGUGUUAUUUCUUUUUCUCUAUGAAACUUAUGUAGUUAAAGUCUCGCAAACUUUAAAAUUUACUUCAGCAAUAUUUUCAACAGGUUAUACCACAUUCAUGUUAAUUACGAAGGAAAUUGUAUUAGGAGGUGAAACAUCCUUUUAAAUUUUAUUCAUUGUAAUUUGAGAAUGAUUGAAUUAUAAUUUUUCAAAAUGCCCAUUAGGAUGCAGUAUCAGCCUUUUACAAUGAGCAACAUAUGAAGGUUUGUAAUCAUGAAGUUUUGUAGUGUCUUCCCGAGGUAUUUUUUUUUAUUAUAAGAUCUUUUAAAGUCUGAGUGGUAAUAAGCCCCUAGUCACAUAGUUAAGUGGGGCCUGUGGUCCACCUUUACCUGUUGUGGGUGAUAAAAUAGCCAAAGACAUGGUGAUAGUGUUAAAUAGGAUAAUAAUCAAUUAUUUUCAAUUUUCUUGCAUUUUAUGUAUGCUUUAAGUAGAUAUUCAUUGAUGAAAUUUCUGCUUUCCUUAAAAUAGUAAGUUUAAUAGUGUCUUGGAUCUUUCAGAAUCUUGAUUUUUACAGAAAUGCUAUAAGGCCUUCCAGUAUCUAUCAUUGUUCAGUACCAACUCGACACAUUUCUUGUUGAGCAUUUGUUUUUUUUUCAAUUAAAAACAUCUUUCUGUCUUUUAUCUGUAAAAUUCAUAAUUUCUCUACCAAUCUCUGAAACAGAAUUACAUGACUAUUGUCCAUGGAUUAAUUUAUUUUGGUUGUUAUAAAUUACAUAUGAAGGUCAUAAAAUAACAUCAGAUUGACAGGACAAAGUGCAUUUUGGUGAAUUAAGGAACAUCUGUCAACAAGAUUUUUUGAGAGUAAAGGAAAGUUUCAAAAAACCUAAUUUCCAAUUCAUGAACUGAUUUUGCUUGUUAAGGCGUUUUCCUUUGAGAUGGCUUCUUGUAGAAACCACAUCAUUGCCUUUGUAUUGUGUAAAUCCUAUACCUCCAGCUAAACCAAACAGGUUAUUACACUCCAUGAACAUACAGUAUAUAUUGAUGAUCUAUCAACAGAAGCUUAAUUUCAAUUCUAGAUAACCUGCUUCACAGUUUUAUGCAGUGAAUAUUAUAUACAAGACAUACAGACUCCUUGGCUGGUAUUAAUCAAAGUGUAUCAUCAUACCUGGUAUUUACAAAAUAAGCCUUGCACAUGUUAGUGUUUACCCAAACAAAAGUGUAAUGCUUUUGGUAAACAGUCUGAAUAAAUUGUCAUUUAUUUUUCUAAAUCUUGUACUUCAAAACAUUAUAGAUUUAUGCCAGUAAUUUCUUAUUCUUGAAGAUAUUUAUUGCUAAAGGCACAUGUCUUGCAAUAUUUCUGCAAGUUGCAAAUAUUAAAUCAGUGGUUUGGCUAAGCUAUUUAAUAACAAUAAUAAUUCUCUUCCUGCAUCUGAUUUUCCUGACCCCUAACCUUUUUUUCAUUUAAAAGGCUGAAUGUCUACUAAGUACUUCCUUUGUGUUUUAAGCUGCUCCUACCUUUGUCAUUUUUCCCUUCGUUUACUACAGACUAGGACUGGAAAAGGGUAGUACUAUUAGGUUGCCUCUCGCAUUGUCCACAAUCUUAAAAGUACUCUUUCUAGAUUAUGGAAAAUUAAUAUUAAACAAAGGACUUUUAACAUCAUUUAUUAUUUAUCCAGCCAUUCUAUAUAUAUUGUUGUUGCACAGACAUGGAAUGCUUUGCUUCUACUUUGUAACAUCAGUUUCAUCUUGAGAAUUUCUUUUUCAUAUGCUUUAGGUUUGGAAGUUGCUCAUCAUUUGCAGCUAACCUUAGAAUUUAGAUUUAUGGCCAUGAUUUUAAAGAAAUGGUCCAAGACAUUGACUAGGAUGGAAUAUUAUUAUUAAGUGCUAAAGUUGAAAAUUAUGCUCUCUAUUAAUGCUGCAUGCUUAUAUAAUGUAAAAAUUCUCUAGCAGAUUGAUGGUUAUUUGGAAAGUACAGAACAUUUACUGUUAUCAUGUCUGCUAAGAUUUUUCAUGACAAUUUUGCAUAAAUUUACAUUAUUGAAGACUAAUAUUCAUAUUUUGUACAAGAUUAAUUUACUUCCAUUAUUGUGUGGAAGAAAAACGACUGUGUUACAUAGAAUUAAUGAUUAAGCUGUCUAUGAAGUAGAAAGGUUUGAUAAUUACAAUCACCUACUGUUACAUGAAGUAGAGAAACUUGAAAUGAUGUGAAACCUGUUUGGUUCUCUGUUACUUAGCACUGUAAUCCCUGAGCACGAUUUCUGGAGGACUUGGCCUGUUCCCUUCACUCUGUAGCAGGAGGCACCUCACCGCUACCCAUAAUAAAACUUGCAGUUUCUCAUAAA